CAUUUUUCAUUUUUGCAUCGUUCUUAAUUUGGACUUUUGUUCCAAAUGAACAAAAAAAAAGUUUAGUACCAGGUUUUGAAGAAGCUAAUGAGAAAUCUGAAAAUACUCAGUCAACUAAAGCUUCUGGGAAAUUACCAUCAAAGCAAAAAAAGCCUGCAACUUCUUCGCAUCAAUUACAUUCUUCACAUUGCACUGUAGCACAUCCUGGACAUUCACUCAUUCAGUAUGCAUUAAUGAUUGAUGCGGGUUCUACAGGUUCUCGUAUUCAUGUUUACAGAUUUAAUUAUUGUAAAUCAUCACCAGAAUUAGAGGAUGAAGUAUUUGCUCACAUUGAACCUGGUCUUUCUGCAUAUGCUGAUGAUUCUGAUGCAGCAGCGAGAAGUUUAGAUGAAUUGUUAAAAGUUGCACUUGAAAAUGUUCCCAAAGAAUUGCAUAAUUGUACACCAGUGGCAGUCAAGGCUACUGCUGGUUUACGAUUAUUAGGUACCAAAAAAAGUGAGCGUAUAUUAGAAGCUGUUAGAAAUCAUUUAGAAAACAAAUACCCUUUUCAAAUAAUUGAAAAUGAUGGUGUGGUAAUUAUGGAUGGCAAAGAUGAAGGUGUUUAUGCAUGGAUUACAGUUAAUUAUUUAUUGAAUAAA